UUUUUACAUUAUUCUUCACAAUGGGUAAAGCUAGUACAACAAGAAAGUUUGCUCAAGUCAAACGCAUGAUCAGCAAAAAUGACACUCGAUUAAAGGAAAACAAGGAAAAGAUGAAGAAGAAGGAAGAAAAGAAGGAGGAGAAAGCAGUUCGUCAUGUUCCUCAAGUGGCUUCUUCCAUGUUUUUCCAAUAUAAUGCAGCAUUGGGUCCACCAUAUCAUAUCUUGGUCGAUACCAAUUUUAUCAACUUUUCGAUCCAAAAUAAGCUCGAACUCGUUAAAUCCAUGAUGGAUUGUCUUUACGCAAAAUCUGUUCCUUGUAUCACUGAUUGUGUAUUGGCAGAAUUGGAGAAAUUGGGACCUAAAUACCGUAUUGCGUUAAAGAUUGCACGUGAUCCUCGCUUCGAACGUCUUCCUUGCUCACAUAAAGGUACAUAUGCAGAUGAUUGUUUAGUUAAUCGUGUUAUGCAACACAAGUGUUAUAUCGUGGCUACUUGUGAUCGUGAUCUCAAGCGUCGUAUUCGUAAAAUUCCCGGUAUUCCCAUCAUGUUCAUCGCCAACCGUAAAUACACCAUCGAAAGACUUCCUGAGCUUGGUGUCAACAACAAAUAGAUUUUCUUUUUUUUUGAAUAAAAUAUAGCCAUGUAAAUAUCCCUUAA